AUGGCGACAGAAAGGCGAAAUACAUACCUCGACGCCGGAGUGUCGGAGGAAUCAGACCGCGACACAGGCUACGACUCGGAAGCCGCGGAGAUCUCCAAAGCCAGCCGAACGAGCAAGCGGCGGAAGAUCCGGCACGAAUACGCAGAACAAGAUGAUCAAGACGAUGAGGGCGAAGUUGAUUCCAGGAUUGGGCAACGGACAAGCAGUCCACCCGUGGCACACGGCGCAGUUUACGCACACGCAGAGCCAGAGCAGCAGAGGGAGGCAAAUGAGAAUAAUGACUCAGUGGGGGAUGAAGACAAUGCAGAGCCGGAGGAACAAGACGAGGAUCUCCAAGGAAAGAGCCGUCAGACCUUGACGCAGCCGCAAAGCGAGCCUUUCCCCGUCCAGGAAGAAAAGACGAAGAAGAAGAAAGUCAAGGACAAAGACAAAAAGAAACCCACGCCUGGUGUUGUCUAUCUUUCCUCGCUCCCUCCGUACCUCAAACCCUCGGCACUGCGCAACCUUCUCGACCAGCGCGGCUUCUCGCCCAUCGCGCGGAUCUUCCUCUCGCCGGCUUCAAAAUCGAACAAAUCACAUUCCGCUGGUGGCAAGAACUCGCGCCAACUCUACACGGAAGGGUGGAUUGAAUUCGCGUCGAAGAAAACGGCGAAGAGAUGCGCAGAGACGUUGAACGCCAGUACGGUGGGAGGCAAGAAGGGAGGGUAUUAUCGCGAUGAUGUGUGGAAUAUGAAGUACCUAAGGGGAAUGAGGUGGGAGGAGUUGAUGGCCGGCGUGAGGGAGGAGAAGCGGGAGAUGGAGGGCCGGAGGGACGAAGAGAGGAGAACCAUCGCGAGGGAGACGAGGAUGUUUGUGGAGGGCGUGGAGGAGGGGCGGAGACGGGAGGGGAUGAAGAGGAAGAGAGAGCAGAAGAGGAAGGACCCACAUGCGGUGGGAGACGGUGAGCAGGAGGGCGAGCUUAAGAGAACGUGGCGUCAGAAUGAAGUCCUCGGGAGCACGAGGAAAGAUCACUCGGGAGGAGACGACAAGAUUAGCGACGACGUCCGCCAAGUGUUGGGCAAGAUCUUCUGA